AUGCAGACUCAUGACAUCCAAGAGGGUUUUCCCGUAACCAGAAAUGCUACUGUGCCACGGAAUAUCAAGUCGCCGACAGUGACGCAGAAUGCUCCAAUCCCGGCACCAACUCGUCCCAACGCAGCAAGAGCCUCGGCCUCGCAAUCACCUUCCCUCAGGACCGUGGCUCCAGGUUUAUCAAGCGGAAAACUUCGCCAAAGGCCCCCUGGAAUUCCUCAGAUACCCGCGAAAGCGUUCAAGACGCAGGUGACUACUGUGUCGACAGAUGUGUCGGCAACGAGGAUCUCAAACUCUUCGAGUGAAAUCGCGGGCCCACUUUUGCAGGAAGUCCCGUUGAUGUUAGAUCCUGGUAUACGGUCGAGGAUGCACGACCGACAGUCUUCCGGCAGGCGGGCCGUCAGGCCUUCAAACACUUCAAGUGAUGGACGGAAGCCGCCAUCACCCGUGGAUAUGGUUCCCGAUGCGAUAUUUGGCAUUGUGACGCCGCGACUCAACGCCCCGAGCCGGCCGGCUGAUCUCCCCUCUCGGUUGAUACCAGAAUUACAAGCUCUGGCGGCCACAUCCUCUCGGCGUCCAGAGGCAUUCAACAAGUCCACAAGCUCCAUGAGCAGUCCGUCGACGCGCUUUUCGCCUUCUCCAAGUCCGUGGAGCAUAUCAACUACAACGACAACCCCGACGUCGUGGUCAUCAGCAUCUCCUGGCCUUGUGCAACCAUUGCCCGCCAAAGACUCCAGAUCACGAGAGGCUCCCACAGCCCCCCGCGGAAAGCCUCUCAAAACACCUGCUGCAUUAGAAGGGUUCGUUCAGCCCAGCGAGAGUGAUCGGUCAUCCAAUUGGAAGGAGUUGAGGAGGUCUCCUAGCUCAAAGAGAAAUCCGCUGAAAAGCCCUGCGCCUGCACCUCCUCCAAGAACGUCCUCUACCAAACAGGGUUUAAGCAGGAGCAGUAGCAGAAGUAGCAAACAACGGAAAGGACUUGAAAAUGAACCUGUGCCGCAGCUACCAUCCGAAAUGGAGCAGAGUCCCCUGUCGAAGCAUACGCAAACGACCCUUGAGCAUGUUGGCGAGUCCCUCCUCCAGGCUCCCCUUGCAAGAGCUUAUGACAACCUCCAGCAAUCGCUGAGCGGUGCUCUACCUCGAUAUGGUCUACAAGGCAUGAGACCGACGGCUAAUCCAGUGCUCGUGGCGCGCCGUGAGCAUAUUUCAACUUCAAAAGUUCAACAAAUCUUGCCAUCACGGUCAGCUCGAGGAAGGGUGUCUGAAGAAGCGGCACUUACGAUCCCGGAGGGACCGCGUGACUCACAUCGUGAUAAAACAUCCCAAACGUCUCCGUCUCGUUCGGGGAAGCUCUCUCGAUUGGGCAUUUUCAGUCACAGUAGCAAGUCUACAGCGCCAGGAUCAGAGGUAGGGCCCCGCAAGCUACAACGCAAGGGACCUGCCGCUGGUACGGGCCAUGAAGGAUACGGAAAGCCUGGACGGCGAGGUCGCGAGACAUCUCGGGAAAGCGGAUCAGUGAGCAAUAGCGAGAGUGAACGAUCGGUCAGUAGCUCCAGAAAAUUACCUUUCUUCUCAUCCAAGAGUAAGAACAGCCGCAACGGUAGUCGUCAAAAUCCUAGCAGCCAGUCCGAUCUCGACGACUUUGCUGCUACUCGCUUGAGGCCUGUCCCUAUGGUCGGCGGGUCAGGAGCUUCCAUCAACGCCAGACCUGGUGGUGGAACAGAAGUCUAUGAGAGUACUCUGUCGUUGUCAUCAAGCGCCCCCAAACGGCGCACAAUGUCGUCCCAAAGCUCUUUCAGUCAGAACUCGCUGCAAGAAAGUCUAGGCGACUUUUGGAAUCCAGCUUCAAUCGCAAACGACGUUCCUACUUUAGCAAUUCGUCGGUCCCAGAGAUUUGGUCACGAACGGGAAAGUUUGAGCUUACCGACAUCUAUCAGGACUCACGAGCCUCUGACCCCGUUACACGUUAGCAGUGAAGAGGAAAGCCGGUCCUCUGCUCCAUUGGCCUCACUUUCUACUCCUAGCACUACAACCGAACCACGACGCGGUGAUCCCCCAUUUCAGGAUUCGCAAAACAAAAGAAAUUGGAAGACUAGAUGGAAUAUUUUCCGGCGGAAAGGUGCAAAACAAGAGCCAGAGCAGACUGCACCCCGACCAUCUUCUCCCGGUGACGAAUUACCAGUCCGUGUAUCGUCAGUCUCUGCGCCACGGCCGACAAUGCCUUACUAUGCCAUGAUCGAUUCCGAGAGCGAGACGAAUACCACUGAUCAACUCCCGAGUCUCAUGCCACAGUUGACUGAAUCGCCUAAAAUCAGUCCCGUAAGUGAAAGCUACGUUGCAAAUCCCUUAUCUCACCAACAAAUGCCGGAUGCUUACGGCGACAACAUUCUCCUCCCACAAGCUCCGCUGCCACAGCCACACUCGUUCGACGAGUCACUCCCUUCGGUGCCAUUGAGGAGUCCGACGCAGCAGGCUUAUGCCCAGACGGAAGAGCAGUCAAACAGGCAGCCGCGGCUGCCUCGUGUUGGAAGAAUCCCGGCGGUGGUUCAACGGAGCGAAGGACAAUAUCGACCCAAUCGGGCAUCAUUCUCGCAACCGUUCUCAAGGGAGUCAGGUGCUGAAGAUGCCUACAACGGGAGAGAAUUGUCCACGGCUGGGUUUAGCGGGCAGCUCCAGGCCACCACCUAUCCGCCUCGGGGUCCGCCUUCACCGGCCGUCGGACGCGUUGCGCCUACCACUGGAUAUCCCCUUACAAAACUCGAGUCUCUACGGUUCCCGUCAGAGCCUGCAUCCAACUUAUUCAGUUCUAGUGCUUCUGAUGGCUUCUCGAGCAUCCCCGGCCCGCUGCUGGAGCCUGGUCGAUCCGAGCGAGAGAUUUCAGGAAGAUCUGUCCGUUACAACUCGAAUACUCAUAUGCUCAACAGUCCCAGUGUGGACGAAGUAUGGAAUGAAUACGAUGACUUCAUUGAUCAUGUUAUGUCACCCUCCCUUUCUAAAAGCCAUAGGGAUAGUACCGGAAGGGAAGAGACUCCUUUACACGAACAGGCGGGAGUCCCGCUUCCAAGGUUAGCAAGUGAAGGAAGCAUACUAAGUUCAGGGGAUCUUAAGCCGUCCUUUCCAGACAUGUCCAUGUCUACCACGGAUUGGCUUUCGUCUCGCCAAGGGGCAGCAACAUCGGAAUCAUCUCCUCCUUUCAUACUCACGCCUUCAGCAGGGCGUGACCAAACGGUAGGGGAGGAAGUUCGGCUACGGCGGUCUAGGAUAGUCUCAGCGCUACACUCGUCAGCCGAUCUGCCGUCUCCGUUCUCCAUUCGCGAUCUGUUGAAAGAGUACGACAGUUACCAGAGAAACAGCGCAAAAUCAUCCCAGAGAUUGAGCACGUUGUCGGUUGGCCAAUCCCCCGAUCCUUUUGAAGUGGCACUGGGCCAACAAUUAGCGCAAGAGACCCCGAAUCAUGAGGAGAACGUUGCUCUCCUCGAUGGUGUCGAGCGGAACAAGGACCCAGUAGCACAGUCGGAACUUCACUUUGCCUCGCUGAUGGUUGCUAAAUGGCUUUCAUUCGGACGCGUGCUAUUUUCGCCUGCACAUGACGAGAUUCAGACUCUUCGCGAACGACAUAUCCUCGUUAUCGAUGGAUUGGGUAACGAAGACUGGUCCAUUUAUUGUGCAGUCACAUACGAGGCGCCGCAAGCCAUCGUCCACCAUCUGAAGGAGAAAUCAUCGACGACAGUGUCGAAAAGCCAUUUACCGCCCCAGAACACUCCGGAGACUCACCGCCGAGCACAAGUGGCCAGCUUCUACGACCGGUUUCCCUUCCCACCUGCUCUCUUCUCCGCAGUUGUGCUUCGGUUUCCACCAGCGAUGGCGGAAGCAAAGAUGAAAAACAUCAUAUCCGAAUGCAGGCGGGUGUUGCUUCCCGGCGGGCAUCUGGAGCUACUGUUACUGGACCUUGACAUUGUCAAUAUGGGCGUUCAAACUCGGAGAGCGGUCCGUGAGCUCAAGUUCCGAAUGACCACCGCGGACAAACAGAUUAGUCUCCGACCCAUAAUCGACAACGUGCAAGGCCUUCUUGGUGCCAGUGGAUUCAGUAAUGUCAGUCGCUGCAUCGUUGGUGUCCCGGUAGCAGGCCGACCGGCUGGAUCAACCGACUCAUCCUCGUCCUCACGUUCGAGUGGUGGAUCAGACUCUUUCCAGAGACACACUUCCGGAAGUCCAAGACCAGCCACUGCUUCGCCACGAAUGACAUUUCGGCAUGGACGCAAAGGAGCCAAUCUGUCUCUGAACGACUUAAUCGCCGAUCACUCCCACAAUGCCGAUGCAAAGAUCGGUAAGAUCGUUUCCAGAACUGCGAGGGCAUGGUGGCAGCACUGUUUCGAGGCCAGCGUCAUCCCAGAUGGAAACCUUUCGAGAAGCAUCUUUGCCGACAAAGGUGUUUUAAGGGAAUGCAGGAAUCGGGGAUCAAGUUUUAAGAUGCUCAUCGCCCAUGCCCAGCGCCCAGUUUUCGAGGCCAGACGGCGCACAGUGAGCGAACCUAUUGUCCCGACGCUGGCGACUGCCGGAGUGCCACGACGAACGCAGCAGUUAUCCAGCAGUUGA